AUGCUUCAACGUACCAAGUAUAACCGUUUCAAGAAUGAAUCUGUGACACCGGUCGAUGACCUCUUCCACAACCUGUCUAUGAACAGUAAAGUCUCUACAGUAGCCACCACCACUGCUACAUCUCCAUGUACGGCUGCAACUGAAGUCCUGCAAAAAGAACAAGAAGAUGGAUCCACCACUCUUUGUACAUUUAUUCACAAAGUGUCCCACUUGAAACUCUCCAGCUCGGGCAACCUGCUGGGAAUAAAAAACCUUUCCUCUGCAGUCAGGGAGCUUGCAAGUUCCAAGUUACAGGGUAGCUCUUCUGCUCUUAAUUCAGCAGCAGGAGUAUCAGACAACACAUGUAACCUUGUCUCUACCCCUCCGUGGUCUCAGCAGGACGUGAGCAAGAUGAGCACAGGGAAAAAGACACGGUCGGAAGAAAUGAAUCUGGUAGGUGAAGAUUGGAAUCAAAGUAGCAGCUUUGUCAAUAAGCCUUCACGAGGAUGGUUGCACUCGAAUGAGAAGAUCCUGGGACCUGGAGUGACGUACGUUGUGAAGGUUGGUCUGAUUUCUUCUCUUCACUGUUUUUUUAUUUAUUUUUCUUUCAUUUUUUUUUAUCAAUGAACAUUUAAGAUUGCAGGUUAACAGCUUUUUUUAUACUCUGUAGAAAAAUCUUUCCUAUUCUUGUACAUAUCUGCCUUCAAAUGCAUGGCUUAAUUUAAAAACAAAACAAAAAAAAAACAGGUCUGCUAUAGAAAAAAUACCUUGCAUUUCUAUGAUAAUCUUAAUUUACAUUCUGUACUGUAUAUUCUGAGUAUUCAAGAUUCUCGGUCUCCCAGAUUUUUACAUGUAAUUGAAAGAACGCAGGAUUCAAUCAUACAGUGCUGGCUUGAUAAUACGCAUGUUCGAGUUUUGGAAUUAUUUAAACAACAAGAGAGCAAUCACAUUAAAUUAAAUCAUUAGGGCUUUUUUGUUUCAAUUAAACAAAUCAUCCUUUUCUUUAUUAUAAUCCCUAGAUGCAUUUUUCCAACCUGUUGUAGAGAAGUAUGAUUAAAAGGUGUUCGUGAAUUUUCUUUUGAUUGUGAGAAAGAUUUAGAGUUGUACAAAUUAUUUUUGCCUUAGUAAAUCUUUUGAGGCAGAUUAUUUCAUAAAACUGCAUGGACUGCAGGCACGUAUUAAUUAUAUUGUGGACUAUUCAUGGGAUCUGCAUUUUUCCCCUUUUGUAAAACCAAUAGGUUUGCUAAAUGAUAGCAGUAUGCACUUUUUACAUGUUAUUUCCUCAGGAGAUAUUUCAUAUACAACAUAGCAAUGGUAACAGAUGUGACCCUUUAAAUGCUCUCCUGCGCUCUGAUCAUAUGAUUUUACAGAUAGUAAUUGCUCUUCGAUAUGAAUAUGUUUAUGUACAUGCACACAUAUCUAUGUAUCUCAUAUCACAUAUACAGUACAAUAAAGGAGAAACAUUUGGAGGAGGAGGAAGUUUAGGCCCUUCAUAUGUUAGGCUAUGUUCAGUGGACACAUAUAAGCAUUUUACCAUAUUCUUACCCCAUUGAAACAUUGUUGAAAUUGCCGUUUUUGUGAAGACGCCAUUCAUAAAUGUAACGCUUCAUCAAUGCUGCAUUAUUUUUUAAAAUAAUCUCAAGAGUAUGGUAAACAAAAGGUUGGAACACGAAAGUAAAAUAUGUUGGCUAGUAUCUUGUGCAGAUACCAAGGCAGAUGGCUGUAUUAACCUGUUAUAUGUAUUCAUUUUUCUUUGCAUAACCUUGUACAAUAUGGUGAUUGUAAUCUUUCAGAGUAGUGCCUUCAGUAUAAAAGUACUAAUAACUAUAGAUUCUUAACCAUCAUCGUAGUUUUAUGAAUGAUUAAUAACAUUAAUAAAAUUCAAGGGACUGCAUAAAGUAUGUUUUUUUUUUCUACCAGGCCUGCAGACAGAACUAUCCAUACUAUAGCUGUAUUUUCAAAAGAAACAUUGUGUCCGAAAUAUUUUUAUGUUUGUUUGUGUUGCAAUUUAUGAACUAGGAUUUGUCAGAUGUUUAGGAGAAAUCUUAUUUUUUCUAGUCUAAGGGGAUUUACUUCCAUUGUGCACUACAUAACACAUGCAGAAAGUAAUCUGUUGUAGUUACCCUAUUUGGAACCUUGGGUCUUGUUAGGCCAUAAUUAUAAACCAGUGUUGCAUAGAUAUACCAAAAGUAAAACAGUGUCCAUCUAUGAACCUUCAUUUUAAAGCUGCUUCUAUAGAUAUAACAUACAUUUCUUCCAAUCAAUAAAAUGUUUUUUAAGUCUACUAGGGUUGAACAUGUAUUCUUCAUGUUGCCUUCUUGAAAAAAAGGCCAUACAAAACACACAUUUUGAUGCUUCUCCUAUUGUACUGCACUGUGAAAAAGGCUUUAUAAUAGAUAGAAAUAAAUCAUGCAUAGUAGAUUGAGAUGUAUGAUCUACUAAUAGUAAACCUAAGUUAAAUGCUUUAUGUUAUAUACCAACUUAACAGUGGUAUGUGUGGCAUUCUGCUACCAGUGUGGAAGAGUUACCACUCCAAAGUUCAUGUUAUGGUCUGCUAGAGGUUUUAGUAAUAGACUUUCUUAAAGAGAUACUAUAGACACCAGAACCACUACAGCUUAAUGUAGUGGUUAUGGUGUCUUAGCCCGUCCCUGAAGUGUUAGCACUGUAAACAGUUUAAAUUACUGGCUAGUAACACCUUUAGUAGCAGUCACUCAUACGACCACUAGAGGGGCUUCCUGUGUCAGUGUUACAAGGAGACGCUGAACAUUUUCCAUAGAGAUACAGUGAUUUAAUGCAUCUCAAAGAGGAGAUGCUGAUUGUCAGUUUGCCGCGCAUGCGCAAUAUGGAAAAACAUUGCAUUGGUUGAAAUUAUCAACAUUGAUGAUCUCAGGCAGGGAAGUAGGGCCAUCCAUAGCCCUUUUUACUGCAAAGAGAUGGGGGCAGCCAACUAAACAGCCACUUCACUAUAGUGUCAAGAAUAUAUGUUUGUUAUAGUUUUCCUUUAACAGAAUCCAUGUUGGGUACAAUUUAUUCCAUCGCCCAACAGUGUGUAUUCUGUGGUCAGAUACUGCUAACCCGGGGAUACAUAGAAUGAACAUCUAAGAAUUGCACUGUAUCUGUAAUUGUUUAUAACAUGACCCAAACAUGCAUUGACAACAUUUAAAAGCCUGUAUACUACCACUGUGGUUGGCCAUGCUUAAAUAAAACAUUCUCAGUACUGUAACUGGAAAAUUAAAUUAUGGCAUAUACCAUUGUGUCACAAGUCUGUCUAGAAAUUUAGACUUAGUAACAUAUAUUUCAAGUCCAAUUGUAUUCUUCGUGACUAUAUUAUGUUUAUAACCCAAUCCAGGUCCAGUAUAUAUUUCUUACUACUAAAUAAUAGAAUGGUCAUACCCCUCCUUUCUGACUAUUGUAAGGUAUGUUGCAUUUUAAAUGUGUUGAAGUGGACUUGUUAUCUACAAAUGUAAAUUUGACAAAGCCCAAUUUAAGAAACAGUCUAUGGACCAAUCAUAAAAGGGCACCAUUACUGCUACCCACUGUUAUUCUGGUUUCUUAGCUAAUAAGGUAAGUUAUAGUUGUUAGAUGAUUUAAAAAAAUAAAUAAAAAACCCAACAAUACAACUAAACAGAAUAUGCUAUGGAUAUAUAAUAUAUUUCAAUAUGAGUAGAUUAUCUUCAUCAGUUCUUGAUGAGCUCCGAUGUCCAUCUCUGAAGAUGUUCUCACUCACUCUAUCUUGUUUAUUUACGCUUUCUUGUUCUAAUGCUUGUUUUGAUAAUGCCAACUGCUGAAUGUUGUCAUGACCAGGGCUGUUUGAAUUACGUACAGUACAGUAAUGGCACCAUGACCUGCUAACAGUGGAAAGCAUUUUGUUAUGCACAUACACACUGCACUGCCAUGUAUAGCUGAUCUCUGAAACUAGUAAAAUACAUUUUCCUAGAUAAUUUCUAGUAAUAUGACUAUCGAAAUAUAAAGAUGAAAUUGUAUAAUCUGUAUGUCCCCACCCCCCCACCUAGAAUGUUAAUAUGUAUAGGUCAUAGUUAUAUAUGUUUGAUUUAUAUAUAUUUGAAAAGUAUUAUUUUCUUUUUAGUGAGUAGUUUGAGCAUAGAUGUAUAGCCAAUAUCAGUUUUGUGUGUUUUUACAGAUUUUCCUUUUGUUUAAGUCAUUAGGACAAUACAUAUUUGCAUAUCUGCUAACAUACCAAAAUAAUUUGUUCUAUACUAAAAACUACAGUGUCAUACUUAAAACUAAACAACAUAAAUAAUAACUUUUGUCUUGGAAUAAUAAUGUAAUAAUCACCAAAGCUGUCCGUUGUUUUAAUCGAGCAAAACAUUUUCAGUCAGAAUCACAAGCUAAAGAAGGAGGAUCCUAUAAUAUCAAUGAAUUUAUGCAAUAUGACCAGUGUUCUGCUUUACGCAAACAAGAGCUCUUAUAUGUUUCAUCAGAUCCAUGGGCUCUAGAUGUCCAUGUUCUAUAUCACCAGGCUUUUCAACAGAUAUGGAAAUGAAAGGACACAAAUGGUGCAGUUCGUUUAUAGUUGGCCAAGUAGCAUUUUAUCAGGCAUUGAGAAUGACAUAUUCAAGUCAAUUCAAGGCUCUGCAGUUAAGUGUAUUCUCCUCAAUCUUUUUGUUUUAUUGUGGUGAGAACACAAUAAAACCCUCCACAGUAAAAAUAGAAAAAUUACUGUUGUGCAUCACCUGCAAACCACAGUUUGGAUUUCGGAAAGUCCACCUCGGCCACAGAAACUAUUAAAUCGUGUUUUCCCACCUCUCCCUGAAUUUCCAGGUUGACAUGCAAAUGAGCAAAGACAGGCAAUGCGCUGAUUCUCUAGUGCCAGGGCUCAGAAGGUCAUACUGUAUGCAUCUGGCAGGCCUGAAGCACUGGACCACUGUAAUCUGGAUAUCCCCCUACCCUAUAUGCAAAAAGGGAGGGAGCACAGGGCCACUGUAAUCUGGAUAUCCCUCUACCCUAUAUGCAAAAAGGGAGGGAGCACAGGGCCACUGUAAUCUGGAUAUCCCUCUACCCUAUAUGCAAAAAGGGAGGGAGCACAGGGCCACUGUAAUCUGGAUAUCCCUCUACCCUAUAUGCAAAAAGGGAGGGAGCACAGGGCCACUGUAAUCUGGAUAUCCCUCUACCCUAUAUGCAAAAAGGGAGGGAGCACAGGGCCACUGUAAUCUGGAUAUCCCUCUACCCUAUAUGCAAAAAGGGAGGGAGCACAGGGCCACUGUAAUCUGGAUAUCCCUCUACCCUAUAUGCAAAAAGGGAGGGAGCACAGGGCCACUGUAAUCUGGAUAUCCCCCUACACUAUAUGCAAAAAGGGAGGGAGCACAGGGCCACUGUAAUCUGGAUAUCCCUCUACCCUAUAUGCAAAAAGGGAGGGAGCACAGGGCCACUGGAAUCUGGAUAUCCCCCUACCCUAUAUGCAAAAAGGGAGGGAGCACAGGGCCACUGGAAUCCGGAUAUCCCCCUACCCUAUGUGCAAAAAGGAGGGAGGAUUAAAAUGUAAUUGAUAUACAUUUUAUUAAUAUUAAUAAAAAAUAUUAAAUUUCUCCCUUACCCUUAGCGCUCCAUCUCACUCUGGGCACAAUAAGACCUCUAUCCCACUCCACAAAUUCAUACACACUGCAUCGUCCUAACACAUUAUAUCCCCUUUACACGUACUACACUCUCUCUAUAAUUACAAGACACACACACUACAUACACUACAGCUGCGGCAGAGGUGCAGCCUAGAUUCUUUAUGCCCAUCUGCCUGUCUCAUUAAGCUGAAAUAUAUAUCGGUGAGGAAGACCUAUGAUCGUGUUCCUGGGUCAUGAAGGCACACAAUGGUGCCACUCACUGCAUUUAUGCACACGGCAGUGGGGUGCUUUACAUCCCUUGCAACACAGAAGGUAUGCUCUUGUGAAAAUCUCAAGGUGUUGGACUUUUGUGACAUGCUAAAACCAACAAGUUUGGCACUACCAGUCAUUCCGGACUUAAGUGAUUAGAUCACAAGACAUUGCCAUUUUAAUUUUUUGUCAAACUAUAAUGAAACCUCUUGACCGCAUUUGCUUGCUUAGUAGAUAAAGAUGUAACCAUGAGAUCAGUGAUUCAAUAUUUGUUUUUAGAGCAGAUGUAUCUUAUAAAGUAGUCACCUAGUGAAUAUUUGUUUACAAUGGUUUUGUUAUGCAUUUACAGCUUAAUUAACUCACUAACAUGCACAUCAUGGUUUUGGGACAAUCUAAGAAGUAUGUUAAUCAAACAUUGCAAAGUCCAGUUAUGUUAUUAUUAUAUUAAAUUUUAUAGCGCCAACAUAUUCAGCAGUGCUAACUAUUUAAUACCAUGGAUAUAAAACAGGUUAUUUAAAAAAACAAAACCAAGAGUGCCAGAAAUAUGAAAUGGAUCAUGUAUGGGAAAGAUUUAGCAUUCAUUUCAGAUUGUAGUGGGCAAUGGGGGUAUUGAAGGGCCAAUUAUGAGCAAGUUGAAUUGAAGGUGAGAAAUUAUGUGUUCAUAAAUCACAUUAUGUGCAAUAGCUAUUGCAUUGGUAAGAUUUUUGGUAAGAUUUUACUGCAAAUAUGCAGUGCAGUUUUGAGUAUAAUUUAUCUAAAAUAUCAAGCAAGGAUGCAUUUAUAUGGCAACUGUGUGUUUGCUUUCAGGGGUAUGUUUGUAUGGAGGAUUAGUGUGACUGAAGACAAUAUUGUACUUCACUUUUCUUCUGUUCAAUUUACUAUGAAACAUUUGCCAUCUUGUCUAGUGUAGUGUGAGGCAGUGCAUGGAGCUGUCCUUCAGCUAGUUCUGAUCAACAUAGCUCCCUUGUGGCAUGCACAUUAUUGAUUGCAGGAAACCAGGACAUAAAGUUACGGAGCGAAAGAGAGCUGAGCUGAUACCAGAGAGGCACAGCUCCCUAUCGAUGUUUUGCUUAUCGCCGGCAUGUGCACCGAUCUUUGAGCUUCAAGGCAAGAAAGUCACUAUUGUUUCCCUCCUACAAAGCAGUUGGAAGUAGUGGCUAUUGCCAAAAUAAAAUUCUUCCUUGCCAGUUCACCAGGUACCAUUUACCUCUCUCCAUUAGCGAUUGAAAGAUUUUUUGUCAUAUCUCGCUUCAUGGAAUAUUGAUGUGGCUCCAGUGAGGCUACUCGCACCACUGGCACUGCCCAAAGGGGGCAGACCUGCCUUGAAAGGGGUGAGUCAACCCAAAAAAUCAGCUGUUCAUGCUUGUGUGAAUGCAUGCCAAGCAUCCUGUUAAUCACACAGGCCACACUACUUGUCCUUAGCAUGGUGUGAGCAUGUGGUCACUCUAUGCUUUCUGCAGACAGUUGCCUGGUGUCCUCAAAAGUGGAACAGCAGGGAACAAAGUUGGGACAGCUUGACAAUGGGACACCCUGAAACUGACUAACCUUAUGAAUCUGGACUUCUGAGUGUAUAUGAUGAUUCUAAUAGUGUCAUUAUGAUUUUCUAGUAAUGCAAUUUUUUUUCUUAAUUUGUUUUUUAUUGAGAUUCAGUAAACCGUAUUGUGGGUUGCUAUAGUCUUCCUCCAGAACCAAGUGUUAAUAAAACAGUUAUGUAAGCAAGGUGAUAAAUGACUCUAGGCAGGCUGACCAAACUUUAUGACAUUGAAGAGUUAACUAGAAAGCAGUACACUUUAUAUUGCAAACAUGUCAAAUGCAUAGACACAGGUCUACAAGCACACGUGUAAAUGCAUUUUACCCAAAUCUGCAUAGAUAGAGCACACCGAGCCUGACGCCUGAGACCCUCUCCCACCUCUCAACCGAGAGGCAUAAUUUUCUGCAUACAAGACUAUUCUGCUAAAGAGAUGAUCAUGCAACAAGCAAGGACUGCAAGGGCAUGGCAAUUUGAGAGGCAAACAGUAGAGUUCUCCCACAUUAUACUGUAGUCACUUAGAGUCCUUAGGCUGGUAGCUCUGGCCCUCCAGCAACACCAACUGUGCUACUGAUGGCAUUUACCGUUCGCCAUCUCAGCAAGAAGAGGUAAUACCAAAGCUUUAUAAGUAACGGGUCAGAGGAUCCAGAGUUCCUUACAGCACUGAAUCUUCCACACAUGCAAAUGUCAGAUUGGUCUCUUUACUCAAUGGCUGAUCAGAGCAUCAUGUGACCACCUUGAAUCUGCAGAAGCUCAUCCAGCACCUUUACAGCUCACAGGAGUGUACUUUCCUUUCUUGUUAUGAUUUAAUACCCUACCUUUUGGGAACCGAUACCCCAGGGACACUUACCUCUGGACAUAUUGUUUCUAGAGAUGCUAGAGAGAUGUCCAUAUGACAAACAGAAGGCUACAGACAAGAUUAAACCUUAUAUAGGGGAGUUACCAUUCUACAACCACAAAGUGUACUUACCUGCUGAAACCUAA